GACCUACUACAAUACAUUGAAGUUAGAAUAAAAAAUGUGAGCUUUCCACGGGUCUGAAUAGUUGGGAGACGAAUCUUUAUAAAUGAAUCUAUAAGUUGAAGCUUCAUUUAAAUCCUUCUAUCCUAUUUUCCUUUCAUUUCUCUUCCAAGUUCUUUUUCUUAAUCAAUAGAAAAUUUGUCCUAAUCUCAACAACUGUGAAGUUGUAGCAGUGAAGAUUAAAUGAAGAGAGAUUUCAUGGGCUUGACUGUAAAACAGGAAAUUCUUGAAGAACCGGCAACAGAUCCAGCAGCAGUGGCCAGAAGUUCCGCGAUGCAGUGGUCAUUCUCUAACAAGGGUCAUCCUCAAUACCUUUCAUUCAAGGGUACUACUUCUCAAGAGAAUAAUAAUAAGCCUAAGACUGGUUUCGAAUCUCUUGCAUCAGCUGGAUUGGUGACUAUAACCACAACUACUGAACCUGUUGACGCAAUUCAUCGAACAUAUUGCACUAGUGUCACACAGGUUCAGAAAAACGCGAUGCUAGAAAUGCAAAGUAGAACGAACUAUACAAUGACAAGUCACCCUCCACAUCAAAUUAGUUCACAGUACUCGGUUGCAAACCAAACACAUCAUCAGGGCAAUUUUAUUUCUACUAUAAAUCCAAAUCCUGCUAGAGCAGCCCAAAUACCAAGCCCCAUUUCAACUCAUGUUCCAACACUCAGUGGUAUUGUGGGCACUACUGAAUUGAGGGAUGCCCCUAGAACUUCACCUGGACCUGCUCAGUUGACCAUCUUUUAUGGUGGUUCAGUCUGUGUUUAUGACAAUAUUUCUCCAGAGAAGGCUCAAGCUAUUAUGUUACUAGCUGGAAAUGCACCGCCUGUUACUCCAAGUACAACAUCUACUGCAUCUCCAAUUCAGACAAUUCCUAAAUCUCCUUCUGUUGAUGCUUUUGUCAAUGUAAACAAGUUUCAUGGUACAUCGCCUAGUUUCUCCAGCCCAAGUCCUAUAAAUUCACGCGGUACAUCCAAGUCUGUUGGAGUUUUUAAUAAUACGAAUGAAACAACUAUUAUCAGAUCAGCGGGAGUCCUGAAAUCUCCUUCUAACACAACAGAGCCAUCAAACGUUGUCAGUUCUCAAGAAUUUCGUCCUCCCAGCCAUAGCUUAUCAGCUGUUCCUCAGGCUCGCAAGGCAUCUUUGGCUAGGUUCUUGGAGAAGCGCAAGGAAAGGGUAGUGAGUGCAUCACCAUAUGACAAUAGCAAGCAAACUUCACAAUAUAAAACAACACCUGUUUCUGGCAACUGGAUCUUUACUGUGAACUCUUCAGGUUCCAGUCCUCUUCCUGCUACAAAUUAGUGUGAAAUAUUGGAGAUGGCAAAACAAUGUAGUCGCGGGCGAGUUGAAGAUUGUAUCAGAAGAUUACUGUAGUAAUUAAUUACAUUGUACUAUUCUUUUUGACCUCCCUACUUCAUUAAUUAUCUUUUAGAUAUGACGAUUAUAGAUUUUUAUUUCCCUGUAAUCGUGAUAGAGAGCCUUUUUAUCUUUUAGGUGUUUGUAGGUUUUUGCUGUUGCUAGUGUAAAGAAAAGAUUUUUUCAAAGUUCUGUUAAUUUUUCAAAGAA